AUGGUUGUGCUCCAGUCUGUCGUUCCCGGCCUUCUCUUCAUGUGUAUUCUUCUGUUGGAUCAGUCCAUCAAGAAGAGUCUCGUUGAAGAGGUCAGAGACUUGAAUUUGAGUUCAAACCUCUACGGAGAGACCAAAGGCUUCAUCAGAUCUUCGGUCGAUCCGUUGUUGACCUCUGCGUACGAGUCGGUGGCCAACGCUCGACAACAAGUGUCCGUCACUCCCAUCACAGAGAAUCCCAACAAUUGGACGCUUCGCGACCCGAAACUCGUUGCAGACAUUCCCCGAUAUCUGAAGACUUAUUUGAUGGGCGCAGAGAUCAGCGGCGAGAAGAAGAAGUUGCUGUUGACGCCGUGGUAUAACAAAGAGGGCGUCCACUCUUUGCCGCAAUCGCUGAACCUGUUGUACGAAUCGCUUCUCCAGUAUUUGCUUCCCAACGAGAAGCACACCAUUGAGAUUCACAACCAUCCCGUCGCCUCCGACCACACGAUGACAGCCAUAAAGAUGGUCAGGAUCACUUUGAUCGUGUCGUGUCUGCUUCUGGUGCCGCUCACAGUGCCGCUCAUCGGCGCCUCGUAUGUCCUCUUCCCGAUCCACGAGCGCGUCUCCAACUCCAAGCUCUUGCAACUCAUGACU